AUGGCCACUAAUGUUGAGCCUCAAGAAGACAUUGAAAGGCCCCUACUCGCCGAUUCCCCAGAGCCAAGCUAUGAAACCGUAGCCGCGCCACCCACGGACACGUCGGAUGCAGCGCCUCGCGCCACGUUUAGGCGAAAUCUUGGGGCCGUAGAAGCAUUUGGCAUCGUCAUCAGUAUUGUGAUCGGCAGUGGGGUCUUCACAUCUCCUGGUGCGAUCGAUACGAAUGUUCCAUCACCCGGCGCGGCUCUCAUUGUGUGGCUUGUGGGAGGGCUGCUGGCGUGGACGGGGGCGACCACCAUGGCCGAACUGGGCACAGCAAUUUCCGGUGAAGGGGGUGUCCAGCCGUAUCUGCAGUAUGCCUUUGGCGAUAUUCUGGGCUUCCUCGCCGCAUGGACCUGGAUCAUCGCGGUGAUGCCCGCCACGCUCGCUAUCCUCAGCAUUGUUUUUAUUGAAAGUAUAUACUCUGCUGCUGGGAUAACUAACCAGGCGUCGUCGAUACAACACAAGCUUCUCUCGAUUCUGGUGUUGAUCGCGAUCGGGGUGGCCAACUCGAUCAGUACAAAAGUGAGCACACGGUUGAGUAGUUUCUUCGUGACGACAAAGUUUGUUACGAUCACUGGCAUCGUAGUUGCAGGCCUUCUCGUAGUGAUUGUUCACUUGACAAGCACACACUGGGAUGGACCAGCAACGGAUUGGUACACCAAGUCGUGGUUUGGGUACCGUGACACCUUGAGUCCGGAUGGAAAAGAGAUCCAUUGGACCGACCUGGCUGGAUGGGAAAUGCUCGGACACUAUUCAGCUGCCUUAUAUGGUGCACUGUGGGCUUACUCGGGCUGGGACAAAGUAGCAGAGUUGUCCGCACCGGCCACCCAGCUUCCCCUCGCCAUUAAUGCUGCGGUGCCCAUUGUCAUUCUUUGCUUCAUCGCAGCUAAUACAGCGUACUAUAUUCUUCUUCCGUGGAGUGUAGUGUCAACAACAGACAGCGUUGCCGUGACUGCAAUUACCCAUCUCUUAGGUCCUAUCGCGGGCAUUAUCGCAGCAGUCCUGAUCUGUCUGGUGGUAGCUGGGUCCUUACUGGGAAAUUCAUUCGUCGCCGGCCGCAUGAUCGUCGCAGCAUCUAAUUCGAACUGGCUGCCCAAAUUUCUAGGAAUUCUCGGACAAUUAGGGGUUCCAUCUGCUGAGAAUCGUGCGUCUGCGCAUCCGUCCGAUUUAGAUACCUUGAGCAGUAAAUCAGACGCACCGAUCAAUGCGAUCGUCUUGUCUACCGCGCUUCCUAUCUUCUACAUUCUGUUCGGAGACUUUCGGGCCCUUCUAACCUUUAAUGGUCUGGGGGAGUACACGUUCUUCUUGUUGACUGUCCUCGGAGCGAUUAUCUUGCGACUUCGGGAACCAGAUCUGCGCCGCCCUUACAAGCCCUCUAUUAUUAUUCCUAUUACCUUUGCCAUCGUUAGUGGAUUUGUGGUGGUCCGAGGGGCGAUUUUUGCCCCUGUACAAGCUUUAGUUCUGCUCUCACUGUGGAUCAUCGGAGUAGGAUAUUACGAGGUCCGGAGAAGAUCGACAGUGAGUCGAAAUGCACGAAACGCGACAUCUGGAGAUGUGUAUACAGUCAGGAGGCACAGCGAUUAGGUUUCAUUGCCAUUUAGGACGUCUACAUGAUAAGCUACAACACAGCUAUGCGUUUCCUAUGUAAACCUACAGAACGUUACGGUUCAAAAUUUUGAGUGAUAGGUCAACAUCAAGGGCUCAAUUGCCUAGUAGUACAGAAACAGCCCCGAUCAGCUAUGGGAAUUCUAGCCACGUUGAAAAACAACAGCCUUAUCAAGAACAAAUAGGGCUGGAAUUCGGCGGAGACACCGAGUUGGUAGGAUUCGUCUGCGAGCAGCCAGCGACAAGUCCUCCCGCGGUAUCGUCAACGGCUGCAUUGUAAGCAUCACCGCAGUUUGGAUCACUGCCAAUGUUGCAUGGUUAGCAUCAGGCGUAGGCUUAGCUAAAAUGUCACCAUGGGUUUAACUUGCCUGGCACCUCCACUAGCAUUUUCGAAAUAUGAGCAGAUGUCAUGAGAGAAGCAGUCCUGUGUGUAUACGUUCCCUAGCGCGGUGCCGGUGCAACCUGCACCACAAC